AUGGAUGACUCCAUUAUGGAUGAUUCCGUCUUUGAGGACGAGGGCGGCAGCUCCGACUUCGUCCCUCAGCCCGCACCUAAGGCCAAGGCCAAGGCUGCUCCCAAGAAGCCCGCCGCAAAGAAACAGACUACGCUCAAGACAAAACCAGCUCCAAAGAAGAAAAAGGCUCAAGAUAGCGAAGAUGAAGUGUCCGACGUCCAAAUUUCCGAUGAUGAUGCCGAUUCCCUCCUCUCCCACACCCCUCCCAAGAAAGCCCAGAAGGCUCCAGCGGCCAAGAAAGGCGGCGGAUCGAAGCCUCUGGCCGACAUGGAGAAUGAGUCUUUCGGAGACGGUGCCGCCGAUAACAAGAAUGCAUCGGACAAGUAUCAGAAGCUCACGCAACUUGAACACAUUAUCAAACGUCCCGACUCCUACAUUGGGUCCACUGAACGCAUGAAUCAGCAGAUGUGGGUAUUCAACUCCGAAACAGAGUCCAUGGAGUACCGUGAAGUUUCAUACGUUCCUGGGUUGUAUAAGAUCUUCGACGAAAUCGUGGUCAACGCUGCCGACAACAAACAGAAUGACAGCAGCAUGAGCGAAAUUCGCGUGACCAUCAAUCGCGAGACAGGCGAAAUCAGCGUGUUGAACAACGGUCGUGGUAUCCCGAUCGAGAUCCACUCCAAGGAGAAGAUCUACGUUCCCGAGCUCAUUUUUGGUCAUCUGCUCACCUCGUCCAACUAUGACGAUACUCAGCUGAAGGUGACCGGUGGUCGGAACGGUUUUGGUGCGAAGCUCUGUAACGUGUUCUCGACCGAGUUCACAAUUGAGACACAGGACUCGCGCCAAAAGAAGAAAUACAAGCAGACGUGGACCGACAACAUGUCCAAGAUGGGCAAAGCGAAGAUCACCGAUGCCAAGGGCGAUGACUACACCAAGGUCACCUUCAAGCCGGAUUAUGCUAAAUUCGGAAUGGAGGGCAUGGACGAUGACUUUGAGGCCCUUGUCAAGCGCCGUGUCUACGAUCUGGCAGGUACGGCACGAGGGGUUAAUGUCAAGUUGAACGGCACUCGUAUUCCCAUCCGCACCUUCAAGAAAUACAUGGAGAUGUACACCAAGGCCAUCCGCAAGGAGCGUGGUGAUGAAGGUGCUCCGCCGAAGGAUGAAAUCCUCACCUGCAGCCCAGAUCCACGGUGGGAGAUUGGCUUUGCUGUCUCGGAUGGUGCUUUCCAGCAGGUCUCCUUUGUCAACUCGAUUGCCACAACCUCUGGCGGAUCCCAUGUCAAUUACAUUGCCGACCAAAUUUGCAACCGGCUUGCGGACCAGGUCAAGAAGAGAAACAAGACCGGUGCCACGCUGAAGAGCGCUCAAAUUCGAAACCACAUCUUCAUCUUUGUUAAUUGUUUGAUCGUCAAUCCGGCUUUCGCCUCGCAGACCAAGGAACAAUUGACCACGAAGCCAAGUCAGUUUGGCAGCAAAUGCGUCCUUGAGGAAGACUUCUACAAGAAGGUCCUCAAGACGGAGGUCAUGUCGAAUAUCCUGCAUUUUGCGGAGAAGAAGGCCGAUCAAAUCUUGAAGAAGGGCGAUACUGGUCGUCGCUCGCGUAUGAGCAACCCCAAGCUUGUGGAUGCCAACAAAGCCGGUACUCGGGAGGGUCAUCACUGCACCCUGAUCUUGACGGAAGGUGACUCCGCCAAGGGCUUGGCCAUGGCCGGCAGAGCAGUCGUAGGCCCGGAUCUGUUCGGUGUGUUUCCUCUACGCGGAAAGCUGCUCAACGUUCGGGAUGCCUCUUUCGACCAAAUCUCUAAGAACCAGGAGAUUCAAAACAUCAAGAAUUUCAUCGGUCUGCAGCACAAGAAGGAGUACACCGAAACCAAGGGACUUCGAUAUGGCCAUCUCAUGAUCAUGACUGAUCAGGAUCACGACGGCAGUCACAUCAAGGGGUUGCUCAUCAAUUUCCUCCAAGCACAAUUCCCCAGUUUGCUCAAGAUCCCCGAGUUCCUGAUUGAGUUCAUCACACCCAUCAUCAAGGUCUGGAAGGGUGAUCCCAAGAACCCGACCAAGUCCCGGUCCUUCUUCACAAUGCCUGAAUACGAGGCAUGGCUUGAGACUCACAAGGAUGAACGCGGUUGGGAUCACAAAUACUACAAGGGUCUGGGUACGAGCACCACCGAUGAUGCCCAGGUUUACUUCCGGGAUCUUGAUCGCCAUCUAAAGGAGUUCCACACGAUGCAGGAAAAUGAACCGGAGCUCAUUGAGCUCGCCUUCUCGAAAAAGAAGGCUGAUGAACGAAAGGAGUGGCUUCGGCAGUUCAAGCCCGGCACCUACUUGGACCACUCGGUGUCGAAGAUUAGCUACACCGAUUUUAUCAACAAGGAACUCAUUCUUUUCAGUAUGGCGGACAACCAACGUUCCAUUCCAUCGGUUGUCGACGGUCUUAAGCCUGGUCAGCGCAAGGUGCUGUAUACUUGCUUCCGCCGCAAUUUGAAGAAGGACAUGAAGGUCGUGGAGUUAGCGGGGCACGUCUCCGGUAUGACGGCUUAUCAGCACGGCGAUACCUCUCUCCAACAGACCAUCGUUGGUCUGGCCCAGACCUUUGUCGGUUCAAACAAUGUCAACUGCCUGGAGCCCAGUGGAAACUUUGGAAGUCGACUUCAAGGUGGCCAGGACUGUGCCUCUGCUCGUUACAUUUACACGCGACUGUCUCCCUUCGCGCGUAAAAUCUUCCACCCGGCGGACGAACCGCUGCUGACUUACAACGAAGACGAUGGCAAGAAGAUCGAACCUGAGAUGUAUCUUCCGGUUGUCCCAAUGGUCUUGAUUAACGGCGCCGACGGUAUUGGAACUGGCUGGAGCUCCUCGAUUCCAAACUACAGCCCCGAGGAUGUGGUGACCAACCUGAAGCGAUUGAUGGAUGGCGAGGAACCCACCCCAAUGCAACCUUGGUUCCGCGGCUUCACCGGCGAAGUUGUCGCUGUAGGUGGGGACCGUUACAAGUUCAGUGGUAUCAUCAAGGAGACUGGUGACAAGGAGGUCGAGAUCACCGAGCUCCCCAUCCGAACCUGGACCCAGGAUUUCAAGGACAAGCUGGAGGAAAUCAUUAAGGCCGAGAAGGUGCCCUCCUUCAUCAAGGACUACAGAGACUACAAUACCCACCACAAGGUUCACUUUGUGAUCCAGCUUGAUGAGAAGCAUAUGACGGCCGCGCUGUCGGAUGGUCUGGAGGAGAAGUUCAAACUGUCCAAGACUAUCGCGACAACCAAUCUGGUCGCCUUCGAUCCGGAGGGCCGAAUCACCAAGUACGCCUCUGUCGAUGAUAUCUUGAAGGAGUUCUUCACUCUUCGGUUGAAGUUCUACGAGCGGCGUAAGCAGCAUCAGCUGUCGGAGCUUCAGAGGGAGCUAGAUAAACUGAGCAAUCAAGCGCGCUUUGUGCAGAUGAUCAUCGAUGGCAAGCUCGUGGUUUCCAAGAAGAAGAAGCCGGUCUUGGUUGCUGAACUGAAAGAGAAGGGUUUCAAGCCCUUCCCCAAGGUGUCCGACGCCGCGAAGAUGGGCGAGGACCAACCGGUGGUGGAAGAAGAAGACGAGGAAGCCGACACCGACACUGAAGUAUUGUCGAGCGCUUAUGACUACUUGCUGGGCAUGCCCAUUUGGUCGUUGACCCAAGAACGAGUAGAGAAGCUGCGCCGCCAGAUUGGUGACAAGGAGGUCGAGGUCGAUGUCCUCAUCAAGCUGACCAAGGAAGACAUCUGGAAGCGCGAUCUGGACGAGUUCAUCAACGAAUGGCGCUUCCAGCUUGAGGAUGAGGAGCGCCGUCAGCGCAAGGCGGCUGGCUUGGGCCGCCGUGUGUCUGCCAAAUUGGCCACGGGUGGUGGUCGCGGGGCAGCUGCGCGCAAGCGCAAGGCGAAUGGGGACGACUCGGAUGAGGACUUCGGGGCACCCAAGACCAAGAAGAAAGCAGCAGCCAAGAAAAAGGAGCAACCGACAAAUAGCCUCAUGAAUUUCCUCAACAAGUCGUCGACCAAAUCUGCCCCCGCCGCUGUCGAUGGUUCUGAUGAAGACGACUUUGACUUUGAAAUGGAGGUGCUUCCUAAGAAGAGUCGUGGGGCCGCCAAACCGAAGCCCAAGGAAGAAGUUGUUGAUGUGGACAUGGAAGAGGUGCCUGCCAAACCAGCUGUGGAUCCGAUGGACUUGGAUGAUGAUGUUGAGGAGACUCGUCCCAAGCCAGCUGCGAAACGAGGCGCCAAGCCCAAGCAGAAGGUCGAAGACGACUCAGACGAUGACUUUCUCGAGAUUGCCAAGUCGGAGGCAUCUAAGCCUGCCACCAGCCGUGCCCGCAAGCCUGCCAAGUACACCGCCCCUAAUGACUCGGACAGCGAAAAUGGCGAUGACCUGCUUGCAGAUGUCGGCCAGAUGGUCAAGGGAAUUGGCGGUGAUUCCAAUGCAGAAUCGCGACAGUUCUUUUCCGAGAAGUCCCGGCCUGGCAGCAGUGCCAGCCUGAAGCCCACCUCCAAAGCAUCCAAGAGUCAAGACUUGGACGACGACGAGACGGACUAUAGCAAGCUCAUUCCGCAGAACUCUCCGCGCCGUUCGCUACAGGUCAAGUCCAAGGAUGUGAUGAACAUCCCUGAUGAAGACGAAGACGAAGAUGAUGGGCCAGCCAAGCCAGCCUCCAAGGCUAAGGCGGCGCCAAAGUCCAAGGCCGCUGCCGCUGCACCGAAGGCGCGUGGUCGACCCAAGAAGGAUGCCGCCCCUGCCAAGCCAGCGGCUACGUCGGCAUCGUCGGGCUUGUCGGCAGCCGCCAAGGCCUACGCUUCCAAGCAGGCCAAGACUCCAGCAGCCAAGAAAAAUAUCGUGGAUGACUUUUCGGAGGAUGACAUCGACGCUAUGGCCAACGACAUUUUGGAUUCCCCCGCUGGCAAAAUCGAUGUAGAUGACGUCGAUGAUGACGAACCGCCGCCGCGCCGUGCAGCCGCAAGCCGUCCGUCUCGCCGCACAGCAACGACAAAGAAGUCGUAUACCGUCGCAGCCGAGAGCGACGAUGAUGAUGACGAUGCGUCCGCGGAUGACUUCGAUGACGACGAGAGCGAGUAG